CUUUGACAAGAAAUAAACAAUUUUUAUGUUUAUGAAGAAAUCGUGACGAAAAUAUUGAUAAAAUCAAAUAAUUUUCUUGACCUGCGCUAUAUUUUUAUCUCACUUGAGUGCACCGAGUAGAAAAAUUAUGGCAUCAUGUUUCGCGCCUGCACUAAAAUGAAUGUUCAGCUCGUUGGUCGUCACGUGAAGCCGAAAACCGGGUUGAAAAGAUAAGUCGUCGACGCCAAACGGUCCUGUGAUAUUAUAAUAAGUGACUGCUUAAAAUAUCAGCUACUAUUAAAUUACAAAUUUUCUCUAGUUACAAAAAUUAUUCAACCCAAAGAAUAGUUACAGAAUAUUACUUGGCAAUCUCAAUAUCAUUUGAGAGAAAAGCCUGUGUCAAUUGAGGUAGAGCUUUUUAAUCAAACUAAUGCUGGUUGAUUGCAGUUUUUGCAGUUUAAAUCUAAAUGAAUGCAAGCAACGAGCAGUCGUCAAGACCCUUGAAGGUGACUGUCGUCGGAGAUGCUAAUGUCGGCAAAAAGAGCUUCCUCUUCACCUACACUACAAAGGAGUUUCCAGGCGAAUAUAUCCCCACCGUGUUCGAUAAUUACACUGAAAAUAUCAAGGUGGACGGAAAAGAGUACAAUAUAUCAGUCUGGGACACCACCGGGCUGGAACACUAUGACAAAGUCAGGGUCAUCACAUACGUAAAUACUGACUGUUUCCUGCUGUGCUACUCAAUAAGCAGUCGCAGCUCUUUUGAUAACAUCUCUACAAAGUGGUAUCCAGACAUCAGAUUGCACUGUCCAAAUGUACCCAUCGUCUUAGUCGGUACCAAGAUGGAUUUGAGGGACGAAAAAACUCACGGUACGGACGUUGGUGUCGUCUCAGUGGAGAAUGGUCGAAAACUAUGCAAGAAAAUCAAAGCAGAGACCGUGGUCGAGUGUUCGGCCAAGAACGGAGAAAACCUGACGGCAGUAUUCGAAUCUGCGGUGCGAGCGGCGAUCAAGAAAAAGUCCAAUCCUUAGGCUAUAACCUUGUUACGCGUCUUUAAAAUGCGACUAAUGACCAUUUUUCGGUGAAGUAAAAUAAAUUUUAUUUUAUAAUAUUUUUAGACUGA